UCUGGACAGCAGUGCUUGUGAGCAUUUCUGGAGCCCAAGCUCUUCUCACAGAGGGAGGGACAGAGAAGACAGCAGCCACCAUGCAAUCUCCCUCAGCCACUGCCCGCAGAGGAGGGUGUGUCCGCUGGCAGGGGCUCCUGCUGGCAGUCUCGCUCUUAACCAUCUGGAACCCGCCCACCACUGCCCGAAUCACUGUCAAAUCAGCACCGCCCUAUGCUGUUGUGGGGCGAGAUAUUCUACUCCUAGUCUCCGACCUGCCUACGUAUCUUUAUAGCUAUGUCUGGUACAGAGCUGACAGAGUAGACCCCAAACGUUACAUUCUAUCAUAUACAAUAGAUACUUCGGAAAUUUCCCCAGGGCCUGGAUACCAUGGUGGAGAGAAAAUAUACCCCAAUGGAUCCCUGCUGCUCCAGAAUGUCACCGAGGAGGACACAGGCUACUACACCAUACAAGCCUAUAAGAAAAAUUUUAAAAGUGAUGAGGGAACUGCACACCUCCAUGUACGCCCGCUGGGCUCAUUGCCCCUCCUCAGAGUCCCCAGAGGACAUAAGGACCCCAGUCACAGAACAUAAGGACCCCGUGGUCCUGACCUGCCUCACAGAUUACACCGGCAUCUCCAUCGAGUGAUUCUUCAAUGACCAGAGACUGCGGCUCACAGAGACGUUGAAGCUGUACCAGGACAACAGCACUCUGGCCACAGACCACGUCAGGAUGGAGGAUGCUGGGGCUUAUCAGUGUGAGGUCUCCAACACACUCAGUUCCAGCAAAAGUGACCUCCCCAGGCUCUAUGUGAAAGAUGAGUCUGGCCCUCUGGCUCUCUUACCCUCCUCUAUGUUAUUCAACU